ACAGACACGGUCGUCAAUCAUAUAUAAAUAUCUACAUAUCAUUCGGAGCCAGCUGGAUCGGCUCAAUUAAUGGUGUCUUCUGCCUGCGGAUCAAACUCCUACCCGUUGACGAUGACGACAACGACCGCGCUCCUUUCGGUACUUCUCCUAGUGAUUUCGAGUACAGUAGAAGUGAGCGGCUUCAGGGGAAGAGUCGGAGGGCGGACAGAGGUCAAGGACGUGAAGUCGAAUGAGGAGGUGCAGCAGCUCGGGCGAUUCUCCGUGGAGGAGUACAACCGCAUGCGGCGGCAGAGCGGCCAGGGCAACGGAGAGGUCACCUUCUCUCAGGUGGUGGCGGCUCAGAUGCAGGUCGUGGCAGGGAUCAAGUACUACCUGAAGAUUGAGGCGCGGCAGCAUGGAAUAACGCAGGUGUUCGACUCUGUCGUUGUGGUCAAGCCCUGGCUCCACUCGAAGCAGCUGCUUAACUUCGGACCCACCAAAGAUCGCAUUCUAGGGUUCUGAAGGCAUGUGAUGAUUUCUGCCAGUCAACUUUGCGGAUAGGCUGAGACUCGUCCCAGACUUGCAACUUUAACUUUCUGUGCUCCCCCCCUCCCGGCGGAGGUUUUGACAUUUCGGCAUGUAUUGCCUGUGUACUAUGUGAGCCAACUUCGAGCUAUGUCAUGAAUAACGGGCAAUUGUAUAUGCACAAA